AUGGAUGCUGAGAAGCAAAAACGUUUACUUGCGGAAAAACUAGAAGAGGAGCAGAGACAUUUGGACACAGAAAUUGAAAAAGAAGAAAAUGAAAAAAUCAAAAAGGGUGAGAAUUUUAACAUGCAAAAUGUGUUAAGAUCUAUUAACGCACCGCAAAAUGGUACUUUAUCUAGUAAUGAUGCGGAUAAAUGUUUUCAACGACUUGGUGUUAUAACAUCGUUAAAAAGCAACCAUGGUACAAUUGAUCAUGCAAUAUUUUUUGAAAUCGAAGCGGCUGGAGGAUUGGCAAGCGAACUUAAGGUCGGCUGUCACGUAAAAUAUUUGGCAUAUCAACAAGUUCAUAGUGACCAUAUAAAAGUGGUGCAAAUCAAUGAAGUUUCCGAACUGUUUUGGGACGAAUCAAUGCCAACCACUGAGAAGAUUGAGCAGCAAAUAGCUGAAUUACGCAAUGAAAAGCCGACGUUCUUCAAUACACAUCAAAGAAAUAUUCUUGGACUUAUAAUGGAGCGUAAACCAAGUGCUAUUGUCGUGGACACCGAACACAAACUGAUGAACAUUAAUUUAGACACAAUAGAAAUAGAUUUUAUACCACAAGCUGGUGAUCGUGUAUACAUCUGUUGCAACGUACAAAGUGAUGAGCAUUUCGUGAAUCGACAAGGUGAAAUACUGCAAGAGGUAAGUGUACAUCCCGCUCGUCUACUAAAACAAGAAAAAUGCGAAGUUCGACGUUUAAAUACCGACUGGGGUGUACUAAAUAAUGAUUGCUAUUUCACCUUGGAUGUUGUGCCUAAUGCUUGUAAGCUAGACGUCGGCGAUAUAGUUUUGGCAGAUCUGAUCGAAUGUGAACGCGAUCCAUACAUCUGGCGUUGUGUUAAAUUAUCCCUAUUGGAACGUAAAUCACCACAAGUAACUACACCCUCCAAAGCAGGAACUACAUCUAACGGUGAAAUACCUUCAGACAUGAACUCACGUAAAGAAAGUAAUCAUGCAAUCACUGUUUCUGACGAUGCACGUUGCAUUUUUUCCUCAACCUUUCAGACCAAACGUAUAGAAAUGGUCAUUAAGAAUAAUAUAGAACGAAAUAUGCGUGUACUUUCCAUUGAUUUUUUGGGACGCCGACGAGAUUCACAAGUGAAACUUGUAGAUCCCGAACACGAUAAUACCGCGUUUGAGAUCCCAGGUCACAGUAGUCGCGCAUUAGUUUUCGAAGUAGAAUCGAAAUUUUAUGGAGAAUCGCGUGAAUUUUUUGUUAUUAAAUUUGAAAAAUUUCGCGUGAAGCGUUCCAUUUCAGUAGUAGUUUGUGAGACCGAAGUUGAAGCGGAGGCCGCACUGGCUCAACCUAAUCAUAGCACAAUAAACGGACUGAACGGUGGUGUGCAAAAUCUACGGCAGCGCUCUCGCUAUUACGCCAAUCAAGUGUGGUCGAACAAAGGCGAAGUCAUACCAGGUGUAGGCUUGGCAACAAAGCGCCGUUUUCUAUCACUUAGAAUCGCCUAUUAUGAGGUGCCCGAACGGUUGCGUAAUGCUUAUUUGACAUCGACGAGCCGUCAAGAAAUGAUAGACAGCGUGGAAAACAUGUUUCCUUGUUUGAAAGAAGAGCUGAACAUAAAGAACUAUACAAUACGAUUCCAAACAUUAGUAUUUCUGGAAGAAAUCGAAUAUUUUGUAAAUUUUCGAAAUUAUGAUAGAGAGAGAGCCCAUUUCACACGCGACGGGGAAUUUUUAUCGCUUACUAUAGAAAAUCUAUCUGAACGUCGACCGUCACUAGUUAUCGGUGACACGGUACGCGCUAUAAAUCCGUGGAGUAAUGAUAACGAUAAGCGUAGCUAUGAUGGCGUAAUUCAUAAAGUUCUCUUCAAUCGUAUAUUGUUAAAAUUUAACGAAGGAUUUCAGUCCAAAUAUAACGGUGAAGAUUUUCGUUUAGAAUUUUAUUAUUCCCGAUUUUCUUUUCGCAAGCAACACUUUGCAGUCAAUCGUAUAAUAAAACAUUUGGGGGAGCCAUUUCUGUUUCCUUCACGUGUACACACGCGUGAGGAGCCACAACUUCAAAUCGAAUUAAACAGUGACGAUAAUCUUAUGCUACAAGAUAAACACUAUCCAUGGUUUAAUCAGAUGUUGAAUCCAAUACAAAAGCGUGCCAUACGCAAUAUUUUGAGAGGUGAAGCUAAGAAUAUGCCUUAUGUAAUAUUUGGACCACCAGGCACAGGCAAAACCAUGACACUUGUCGAAACCAUGUUACAGCUAAUUAAGCUUAUACCCAGUUCACGUUUACUUAUUGGCACUCCCUCCAAUGGAUCAGCAGAUUUGAUAGCAACACGUCUAAUAGAAAGUAAACAACUACAACCGGGAGAUUUUGUCCGCUUAGUAUCGCAGAAUCAAAUUGAAAAAGAACUAGUGCCGGAACAUCUUAUGCCUUAUUGUGCUACCGUAGAUAUGGCUGCCGAUGGCACUUGUGACGAUUCGAUGAUUGUGACUGAAUCAGGCAUGAAAUUACGUUGUCAAAUGAAAUAUCUCGGCCGUCAUCGGAUGACGAUCAGCACUUGCACUACACUUGGUAAUUUUCUGCAAAUGGGUUUCCCAACUGGACAUUUUACACAUGUGCUCAUCGAUGAGUCUGGUCAGUGCACUGAACCUGAAGUGAUUGUGCCCUUGUGUUUAGUUUCACAAACGCGCGGUCAAGUUAUAUUAGCCGGUGAUCCACAUCAGCUACCAGCUAUAGUGAUUAAUCGGUUUGCAACGGAUCGUGGCUUAUCAAUAUCCCUACUUGAACGGAUAUUAGGUCGUACGCCCUAUCUACGCGACGUGAUGCGUUUCCCCGACACCUCCGGAUUCGAUCCACGCUUGGUCACCAAAUUACUGUAUAAUUACCGUUCUUUACCCUCCAUACUCAACGUAUAUAGCGAGUUGUUCUAUGAUUCCGAACUUCGACCAAUGGUCAAUGAAAAAAGUUCUCGUGAAGCUGAAAUGUUAAAGAAACUUGAUGUGCUUUUACCUCUCUCGGAGAAGCGACCUAAGUCACACGGAAUCUUUUUUUAUGGCACUCGCAGUGAAAAUAAACAGGAAUCCGAUUCACCAUCGUGGUUUAAUCCACUGGAAGCGAGAAAUGUGUUUUUGAUGGCCAUCAAAUUAUAUCGUCAAGGCAUUCAACCAGAAAAUAUAGGCAUAAUAACACCUUAUUUGAAGCAAGUGAAGCAUUUACGCACCCUUUUUAUCGAAGCUGACAUUGCUAUGCCGAAAAUCGGUUCCGUAGAAGAAUUCCAGGGCCAGGAACGUGACAUCAUCCUUAUAUCUACAGUGCGCUCCUCACACAAAUUUAUCAACAGCGAUCUGCGUCACUCUCUCGGUUUCGUACAAAGCGCCAAACGCAUGAAUGUAGCAAUUUCGCGUGCACGCUACCUGAUGUUCAUAUUUGGCAACCCACAUUUGCUUUAUUUAGAUCAUUGUUGGCGUUCCUGUAUCAAAUAUUGCGUGGACAAUGAGGCAUAUUUAGGUUGUGAUCUGCCCGACGACUUUGAUAGUAGACCCGAACUUAAGAAGGAUGAGACGAUAUUGGAUCAGGAUGUUUCCAAGUAA